AUGGUCGGCACCGUCUCCGACGUCUACGAGACUCUGCGCCAGCAGUUGCGAGGCAGUGGAGUGGAAGUGCUCAUUCCUGAUUCGGAGGGGUACGAGGCGAGCAUCAAGAGGUGGAGUGAUCACUGCGAGAAGAGAGCCGCCUGCGUCGUCAGGGUCUCAGGCCCGCAAGAUGUGUCCAGAACGUUGCAAUUCGCCAAAGCCAACGGCAUCCCCUUCGUUGUUCGAGGCGGCGGCCACUCCACAUCCGGCUCGGCGUCCAUAGAGGACGGUUUGGUCAUCGAUCUUUCCAAGCUCCGCAAGGUGACGGUCGAUCCCGAGGCAAGAACGAUCAGGGCCGAGGGGGGAACCAAUUGGGAAGAUGUCGAUGUGGAGGCCGCGAAGUAUGGCCUCGCUACUGUGGGCGGGACGGUCAACCAUACGGGUGUUGGCGGAUUGACGUUGGGCGGAGGAUAUGGGUAUCUCAGCGGGAAGUAUGGCUUGACAAUUGAUAACCUCCUCGGCGUCGAGAUUGUCCUCCCGUCAGGAGAGUUCGUGACCGCAUCCCGGACCCAGCACGCCGACCUCUUCUGGGCCAUACGAGGUGCUGGCCAGCACUUCGGCGUCACGACCUGUUUCAUCCUCCAGGGCCACCCGCAGCCGAAUCCCGUCUACUCUGGCCUCCUCCUCUUCACCCCGGACAAACUGUCCCAGGUGGUCGACUUCGUGAACAAGUUCGACACGGCCAACGACGGCAACCAGGCCAUCGCCUGGGGGUUCAGCGACGCGCCGCCGCCCGUGAGCGGGCCAGUCGUGCUGGCGCACAUCUUCCACAACGGGACGCAGGAGGAAGGCGAGGCCUUCUUCGCGGACCUGCUGGCGCUGGAGCCCAUCGCGAACGACGCCGCCUCGAUCCCGUACGAGAGGGUCAACUCGCAGCUGAACGACACGGCGAAAUGGGGCGGGCGCAAGGUCUUCGGCGGCGGUGCGUUCAAGCUGCCCAUCGACGCGGGCUUCGUGGCGGCCCUGCGCGGGGAGUUCAUGGACUUUGUGGCCGCGCACGACGGCAUGCGUGAGAGCCUGAUGCUGUUCGAGACGAUCCCGUGGCAGAAGAUCGCAGAGGUCGGGAACGCGGACACGGCGUUUUCGAACCGCGGAGAAUACUACAAUGUCGCGACGGUGCUCAAGUGGCACGACCCCAAGCUGGACGACGAGGUCCUGGCCUUCAGCCGUGGCCUCCUCAAGAAGGCGUCCGCGGGUGUCGCGGUUCCUCCCAAUACCGAUGGCUCCGCUGCCAGCAAGGACGUCCACCAGAGCCAGGAGGGUGUGGGUUUGUACGGCAACUAUGCCGAGGCCGACGUCCCAGCCGAGGCCAUCUAUGGAGGAAACGUGAAGAGAUUGCAGGAGCUGAAGUCCAAGUACGAUCCCGAUAAUCUGUUUGAUCGUGGGACGAGAUUGGCUGCGAGGCCGGUGAAUGUCGUAAAUUGA